AUGUUUCGCCGCAUAGAGAACACACUGGAACCUGAUCCUUCGUUCCCUGUAGACCUGAAGCAGCUUGGAUUCUUCGUCAACAACCAGGGCCAUAUCCGUAUGAUCGUGGCGCCAGAAAAGCCCUACAUUUUCCACGCUACAAACAACGAGCGUGUCAAUGAGGUGCGCCGCGAAGCCAUGCAGGCCUGCCAGCGAGAUCAAUCUGAGAGUCGGCUGUAUGCGCUGGGCAUCAAGCGCGUCCAUCUUCCGGGUUUCACACCAACCAAGCCUGUUGGCCCUCACAUCCCCAUCCUCUCGCCUGAGCCUAAGAUCCUCAAGACACGAAAGCGCAUCAUCGUGAUUAUCAACGAUUCAUCGCAGGAUCUCGGCAUCCUUGCGUACCGUCAGCUGCAGCGCGAGCUUGGUAUCAACGGCGGAUCGGCAGUCCACUUUGUAAAAGAAAUUAUCAAGCGAUCGUCCACCGACCAGAGUGCCAAGCUGGACGACGAGAUCUUCAUGGAUGGCUUUAAGCUGGAGAAUGAGCAGAAUGUUCCCGCAUUGAUGGUAUUGAAUACAGGACAGUUGUUGUACUCGCACAAAUUCAAUCAAACGAUGACGAUGCGUAGUUGGUCGGCGAUGCCGCGCAAGUCAAUAGCACACGACAUGAUUCGCAUCCACGACGAGGAGAAUAGUGUCCACGGACAUCGAUCCCCUAAAGAGCAUAUCAAGACGGUUUUUGAUGAGGUUCUCUGCAAUGAGGCACUGGUAGCUCCAGACGCAGAGCUCUAUGUCAUUGCGAUUGAGGAUGGAACGGCGAGCGUAAUUGAUGUACUUGCUGAUAACUUCGACAAGUAUGGAUCCCGAAUCACAGCAAUGGCACUAGUUUCCUCCACCAUCGACGAGUCGCAAAUCCAGCACCCAAGCUUGAGGGCGUUUCUUCACCAGCGAACGCGCCAAUGGAUGUAUACUGAUGCUACCUCUGAUCCUCUUCAUUGCGUUGGCCUGCCGAAUGACUACAGCCCGAAUAAGUCGUUUCCAAAUGGCUCCAGAAUCAUGAACUCCGCCCAGCAUAUCCAUUGGAACGAGGAUCUCCCGACAUCACGGCCUUUGAGAGCCAUGGCAAGCAGGCUGCAUCGCCUCGCUCUUGGAACCACUGCAUUAAAAGAGAAAAAGGUCUCAAAGACGGCAGCAGUCCCCUACACUGAAUGGUCAACGGAGCAAGUCAUCGUCUGUCCGACAUUUGCGGGUGGUGAAGAAUCAGUCGCAGAGUGCAUCUUCACGAAUUACACAGUUCAGCACGCGAUAUUGUCAUUCUUUGAAGAAGUCGCCCAGAAUCCAGAGAACUAUUGCAAUCCUGACAUGAAGGUCCACGCGGAGGCUCCGCAGCCAUCGCCAGAUAACCCGCUCGAGCUUUCGGCGGAUGAUAUCAAUCCCACCAUCCAAACGCUCCCUUCAGAAAUGACCCCCGAACAUAUCGAGCUCGACGAGGCCCGAAGGAGCCUUGUUGAAAUGUGCAUUGCUCUUGAGGCAUGCCCAGCUGACAAGCCAGAGCUUGCCCCCGGCCGUGAGAAGUUGUCGAAAAAGGUGCAUGAUAAGAGGGCCGAGGUAGAUAGGCUGGAGAAGAAGGCGCUUGCUAAAGGCGGACUCAAGGCUGGCGAGGCUGUAGAAAAGCGAGAGAACUGGAAGCCUCAGGCCGAAGGGCCCAAGGUACCGUUUGCAGGCAGCAUGGUGGAUAGCGAACUACUCAAAGCAGCUGGACUUUUCGAAACGGCUCAGACAGAGUUGGAGAAGCUGGAUGGGAGUGUGGAAGAGAAGGCGUUCGUCUGA